AUGGUUCUUAAACUCUACGGAUUCCACCUCUCCACUUGCACUCAGACUGUUGCAACAGUGUUGUACGAGAAAAACGUUCCGUUCGAGUUCAUCCCAGUCGACAUUAGCAAGGGCGAGCAGAAGGCCCCGGAAUACCUCGUGAUUCAACCAUUCGGACAGGUUCCCUACAUCGUGAGCUUCGAUCUCUCUCCUUAUCACGCAACUGCUUCAUAG